UAAACACCAAAGAGGAAGAAGCAGAAGAAGAAGGAGAACAGCGAUACAAGACGAAGGGAAAAAAAAUAACGAUCAUAAGCAGUAGAUGGAUGGAGGACGAAGGACAUACACACACAUGUAGGAAGCAUAUUUGUACUUUCUAAGACUGUGUACUCACUCGUUUACUGUACUGUAGUUAGUCAGGGCUGCCACAGUCUAACAGUUAAAUUGAGACAAACUGAAGAUACCCGGGAAGGAUGUCAUCAUUGUAAACAUCGUCAGGUGAUGGUAGUUAUCAGGACUUGAUUGUCUCAGGAAUCAUGGAGAACGACAGCAGGCCUCUGCUGAGCUGGGAGCAGGCUGGAGAGAGCUUCUCGCACAGAGGUUCCACAGACUCACUGGAAUCCAGAGCGAAAAGACCAUUCUACGUGGAGCCUAGAAACAUCAUAGAUGAUGAACCGCAAGAGCGCGUGUCAGCCGAAGCUGCCAUCCUCAACAGCAGAGUGCAUUACUAUAGCAAACUAACUGGUUCUUCUGACAGGCUGUUGAGUCCGCCAAACCAUGUCAUCCCCAGGGCAGAGGAAAUCUACAUCUACAGCCCAUUGGGGACAGCAUUUAAGAUGUCGGGAAAGGAUCACAUGACUAAAAACCCCAGUAUCAUUACCAUAUUUGCAAUAUGGAACACAAUGAUGGGCACAUCCAUACUCAGUAUACCUUGGGGUAUAAAGCAGGCUGGUUUCACUCUUGGGAUCCUCAUCCUUAUUUUUGUAGGCUUACUUAUGCUGUACUGUUGUUACAUUGUCCUCAAAUCACCAAAAGCAAUACCCUAUGUGGACACAUCCGACUGGGAAUUUCCUGAUGUUUGUCGGUACUACUUUGGCAAGUUUGGCCAGUGGUCCAGCUUAUUCUUCUCAAUGGUGUCUCUUAUCGGAGCCAUGGUGGUUUAUUGGGUCCUCAUGUCCAAUUUUCUCUACAACACUGGGCAGUUUAUCUACAACUAUGCUCAUAAUGUUAACAUGUCAGAUUGGGAGUUUGGAACCAAUGGGACAGAUAGAGUAAUUUGUCCAUACCCAAACACCGACUCUGGAGGGAACCACAAUUUCAGCACACUUUACAUCAGUACCAGUGGAAAUGAUACAUCUGAUGUCAAUUCCUUUGAACAUUGGUGGAGCAAAGCCAAUACUGUGCCAUUCUUCCUCAUUGUUCUACUGCUGCCAUUACUUUGCUUCCGAUCAGCCUCCUUCUUUGCAAGAUUCACCUUCUUGGGCACCAUAUCAGUGAUCUACCUAAUUGUUCUGGUCACAAUCAAAGCUGCCCGUCUUGGUUUUCACCUCGAGUUCCACUGGUUUGACAGUACUAGCAUCUAUGUUCCAGAAUUGCGGCUGCUCUUCCCUCAACUGACGGGUGUCCUUACACUGGCUUUCUUCAUUCACAACUGCAUCAUCACAUUGAUGAAGAACAACAAGCAUCAAGAGAACAAUGUACGGGACCUGUCUGUGGCUUAUCUCCUUGUUGGGCUGACCUACAUCUAUGUGGGCGUGUUGAUCUUUGCAGCUUUUCCAUCACCCCCUCUCAGCAAAGACUGUAUUGAACCAAACUUCUUAGACAAUUUCUCCAGUGGUGAUGUGAUGGUGUUUGUUGCUCGGUCCUUCCUGUUGUUCCAAAUGAUCACAGUCUAUCCUUUGCUGGGAUACUUGGUGCGAGUCCAGAUGAUGAGCCAGAUAUUUGGCAAUCAUUAUCCCAGUUUCUUCCAUGUCCUCACCCUGAACAUUUUGAUUGUUGGAGCUGGUGUCCUGAUGGCAAAGUUUUAUCCCAACAUUGGAUCCAUCAUUCGGUUUUCCGGAGCAACGUGCGGCUUGGCCUUAGUGUUUGUAUUCCCCUCCUUGAUUCACAUGAUCUCCUUGAGACGACAGGGCUGCCUCCGCUGGCCGUCAGCUGUCUUUCACAGUUUUCUUAUCUUGUUGGGUAUGACCAACCUGGUGGCUCAGUUCUUCAUGUAAAUUCACACCUUCCCUGGCAGGGUUUUGAUUAUGUGAUGGACCUUUAAAAUGAUUACCAAAAAAAGACAUUUACAACAUCCACCAGGAAUGUAAUGACAUUGUUAUCUUCUGUCGCCCAGCGAGUGGGAUUGUGAUGUGAUAAAAGGUUCUUUGAUGGUAACUUUAGAUGUUUGAUUACUCCUGCUCAGACAAGUCGUAGGGAUGUAUUUGACUGCGGGUCAAAGGGACUAUAGGCUAUAAGGGGUGCAUAAGUAUACAUUUAAUGUUAUCUUUCCUUGGAAUCAAUAUGUAUGGCUUUACAGUUGUAUUUUAUCAUCAUUUCGUUGACUGAAUGCUCUUAUCUUGGUGAUUAUACCAACUGUAUGCAUUGUGAAUGGCAUGUUGUAAUUUUUAACCAAACUUGCCAUUUUAUAACCCAUCUUCAGAUAAUUCUGAUAUUCUGUAUUCGGUGCUUGAUAAGAAGAUACAAAGGGAACCUGAGUGAAAAUAAAUCUCAGGUAUAAAGAA